AUGCGUCCCGAACUCCCGCAUGAUCCACUCGGCGUGCAAGGACACCUUCUGAACUCCAUGCCCCAACGUGUUGGAAUGGUGCACCCGGUCUUUAAGGCGGCCGUUCGCAUUCUCCAAUCGGUUGUUGGUCACAUUACCGAAAUGAAUCAUUCCGGACCGCGUGAAUGUCACGCUGCUGGACCCCGUGACCUUGCGGCGGCAAAUCAAUAUUUGUACUCCCAUAUGUCCAUUCGCGCGGUCUGUUUUCUGCGAGGUUUCGCUCGACCUAUUGUCAAAGGUCCUUCCGGUCAACGUGUACAAGCUAGUUACAUUUAUCAUAAAUGCGCUGCAUACAUCCAUCCCUCGCUUAACUCAGGUCGGGUCGCCCGGGUGUUCUCUACAGUUGCCGGUAAACCUGCUAAGGCUGGUUUCCCAGAUGCACUCUGUGGAAAGAGGUCCAUUAACUACAACGAAUUAGCCUUGCUAUUAACUGACUACUCUGUGGUUCUGAUAGAUGUACGGGAUCCGACGGAUUUUCUGGAAGUUGGUCAUAUCCCAGGAGCCAUCAACAUUCCACUUGCUGACCUUAAGUCGGCUUUGAAACUCACAGAUGAGGCCUUCCAUGCGAAGUAUGGCAUCGAAAAGCCGAAAUAUACAGAUGAGAACAUAGUGUUCUACGGUUUAUCGGAUGUGUUGUCUACUGCUGCAAGCGAGAUCGCCCAUGGAUUGGGUUACAAAAAAUCUAAGUUUUAUCCAGAGGGCUGGACUGGUUGGUCCACGAUGUUGCCCUAA